AAUUUAUUUUUAACCUUUCAACAACAGCAGUAAUAGUGUUGUAGAGAGGGUGCACUUGAUUUUAGCUUUGCUUUCAAUAUGACGGCUGUCAAUGUUGCCCUGGUUCGUGAUACCAAGUGGCUGACUUUGGAAGUCUGUAGAGAAUAUCAGAGAGGAACCUGCUCUCGAGCUGAUGCAGAUUGCAAGUUUGCCCAUCCGCCAAGAGUUUGCCAUGUGGAAAAUGGUCGUGUGAUGGCUUGUUUUGAUUCUUUAAAGGGUCGGUGUGCUAGAGAGAACUGCAAGUACCUUCACCCUCCUCCGCAUUUAAAAACUCAGCUGGAAAUUAAUGGACGGAACAAUCUGAUUCAACAAAAGACUGCUGCAGCCAUGUUCGCCCAGCAGAUGCAGUUUAUGCUCCAAAAUGGUCAAAUGCCAUCACUUACUUCUUUUCCUGUGACUCCAUCCCUGGCAGCUAAUCCUGCCAUGGCUUUUAAUCCCUACUUACCUCAUCCUGGGAUGGGCCUGGUCCCUGCCGAACUUUUACCAAAUGCACCUGUGCUGAUUUCUGGAAACCCGCCUCUCCCACUGCCAGGAGCUCCUGGUCCAAAACCAAUGCGUUCAGAUAAACUGGAGGUUUGCCGUGAAUUUCAGCGCGGAAAUUGUACCCGUGGUGAGAACGAUUGCCGCUAUGCUCACCCUACAGAUGUUUCCAUGAUUGAGGCAAGUGAUAAUACCGUGACCAUCUGCAUGGAUUAUAUCAAAGGUCGAUGCUCCCGGGAGAAAUGCAAGUACUUUCAUCCUCCUGCGCACUUGCAAGCCAGACUCAAGGCAGCUCAUCACCAGAUGAACCAUUCAGCUGCCACUGCCAUGGCCCUGCAGCCCAGUGCACUUCAACUGAUACCAAAGAGAUCAGCACUUGAAAAGACCAAUGGUGCCACCCCGGUCUUUAAUCCCAGUGUUUUCCACUGCCAGCAGGCUAUGGCUAACCUGCAACUCCCGCAGCCGGCAUUUAUCCCUGCAGGGCCAAUACUGUGCAUGGUACCUGCUUCAAGUAUUGUGCCCAUGAUGCACGGUGCUACACCUACCACUGUGUCUGCAGCAACACCACCUGCCACCAGCGUUCCCUUCGCUGCAACAGCUACAAUCAAUCAGUUGAAAUUCUGAACAACAGAGUUAUGGAGUAUCAGAAUCUCUCCGUGAGAACCUCCAUAUGGCCUUUCUAUAUAUAUUCACGUAUGUCCUCUUCUACCAACACAACAAUAAGCAUGGUGCAGUCAAUAUAUUAAACAAAACAAACAUACCAGCCAACAAAUUCGAAUAAAAAACAAAGCAUCAAACAAUCAAUGGAGAUGUUAAAACACCAACAGAAAACUAACAACUACCAUCUAUCUAUCUUAUUUGAAUUAUUAGGUAGAACACCAUAACAUUUUGUAAUUUAUCACACUAUUCUUUGUGAUUUUCCAAUAACCAUUAUGCUGAGUGAAUCUCUACAGUGGACUGCUGGCUUAUUGUGCAUUCUUGGUGGAUAAAUGUUCGGUCUGUUUUGAAGUGUUACCUUACCGUUUUGUUUACACAGUAGUCGUCUGUUGGUUUGAUUCAGAAUGUAACAAAUAUAUCCAAUACCAUUUUCCCCAUUACUGUAUUGCAUUGUAUCGUAUUGUGGUGUGUUGUGUUAGGUUUUUACAUACUAUAGUGUUUUGCUGUAAUGUGUGGUGUUUGAUUUUAACUAAAAUGCUAUUAAUGGGAAACAGAAACACAUGUGCUUGAAAAACAUGGCAGGUUAAUGUUGAUAUGCUCUCUCUCUCUCUCUAGAAUAUUUCUGUAGGUUUCGUGAGGCAGACAUUUAAAAGGCCUCACUUUUGAGUGUGUCCAAAACCUGUUCAUAAACAUGCAUGUGUAUAAUUUGUACCUGUAGAUCUGACCUUGCAUAGUACAAUCACAUUACUAGAUUUUUUUGUGAGAGAGAAAUAAUUACCUGAAAAUAACAGGGAACUUCUUAAAACAUUAACCCGAAUUUCACUCCUUAAGUAGAUUGAAAAACUAGAAUUUACCUUUAAGUGAAUUUCUCAGCAUAUAUACUAAAAAUUAUGUAAAGUGCCCAUUACAUUUUUUGUGGCUCAAGGAUCCUGUCUUCUAGGUUGAGUGUCUAAAACUGAGCCAUUUGUCAUUUUCAGCUGAAAAAUUGGUUCUUGGAAGCUUAAAGGUAUUCUAAUGACAGGUUAUAAAUUAAGCAGAGAGAGGGGGGCUUGGAGCUAGUUUUUACAUAUUGGAGGAAAGUGUGUAAAAAACAUUGCAAUGUAACCUUUGAUACAAGUGCCACUUUAUGAAUGCAAAUGGCUCAUGCUCUUCAGACUACUCUUUGAAUAAUAAGUAAGAUGCAGUGUGGAAAAGUCAGUCAGGGUGAAGGAGAAUUGGUUCCAAGUGAGGCCUUUCCUCCCCAAAUGGACAGUCUCUUCUGUUCAUCACAGCUGGAGUCUGAGUAUAGAUUUGGAGAAAUGGCGGGACUGGGGAGGGAGGUAGGGAGCCGUUUGAAAUUACUCUUCGAUUUAUUUAAAAGUUCUAAGAAGGAUGUCCACAGUUGUCUUUAGCCUCAGCUCAGCUGAGUUUCCAGUUUUGUUAAACAUUUCAGUGAAGGAGCAAGUGCCUGUGAUAUAAUAUGUUAAGUGUUGCCCUUCCCAAACUUAAUUAACAGCAGAAUCUCUCAUAUCAUAA